AUGGUCCGAGGUUUCAUGAUUCAUGAACGGGAAUUCGGAGGCUGGCUUGAGUACACAGUUUCGGCGCGGUCUCCAGUCCUUGAACCUGGACUCCAGGCAAGGGUGAUACCCGAACUUAAUACUGAUCCCAGCAUAUUGAUGUAUUGCACGUUUCGGAUCACGCCUGGUGUAACGGUUCGAGUUGUCACUCAUUUAAAAUAUUGUUACGGGAUAAUCCUUGAAAUUAGUAGAUUGCUAGGAUUUGUAUCAAUUUCCGCAUUCUAUGGGGCACAGAGAACUAUGCCUGGGACUCGAGGAAUUGAAUGUAUUAUGAUUCGUAGCCCAUCAAUUAGAAAUGACCACGAUUUCGGCGCCACAAAGAACUUUACAAUGCAUAACUAG